CGCGCGUGCGCAUUGGCGCGUCGGGACCAUGGCGAGCGACGGGUCUCCCGGCGGCGGCUGCGGCUGCGGCGCGGGCCCAAGGCCCCUGCGCUCGGCGCGGGCGACGGACGUGGCCUCGGCGUCCAGCUUCCGGGCCUUCGAGCUGCUGCACCUGCACCUGGACCUGCGGGCCGAGCUGGGUCCGCCGGGGGCCCGCGGGCUGAGCGGCGCGGCGGUGCUGACGCUGCGGUGCCUGGAGCCCGGGGGCUCCUCCGAGCUGCGGCUCGACUCGCAUCCCAGCCUCCGGGUGACGGCGGCGGAGCUGCAGCUGGAGCCGGAGUGGCGGGCCCCGGGCAGCCCGGACGAGCCGUCCAGCCAGGUCGUGCCCUUCUACACGCGGCCCUUCGCGCGCUAUGGCGAGGCGCUGUGCGUGGACCUCCCGCGGCCGUGCCGGGCCGGCCAGCACCUGUGGCUGCGGCUCACCUACAGCGUGCGCGAGGGCCCGGGGGUUUGCUGGUUGGCUCCUGAGCAGACGGCAGGAAAGAAGAAGCCCUUCCUCUAUACCCAGGGUCAGGCUGUCCUAAACCGGGCCUUCUUCCCUUGCUUCGACACCCCUGCCGUGAAAUCUAAAUAUUCAGCUCUUAUUGAGGUCCCGGAUGGCUUCACAGCCGUGAUGAGCGCUGACACCUGGGAGAAGAGAGGUCCAAAUAAGUUCUUCUUCCAGAUGAGUCACCCCAUCCCCUCCUAUCUGAUAGCCUUGGCCGUUGGAGACCUGGUUUCGGCUGAAGUUGGACCCAGGAGCCGGGUGUGGGCCGAGCCCUGCCUGAUCGAGGCCGCCAAGGAGGAGUACAACGGGCUCAUAGAAGAAUUUCUGGCAACGGGGGAGAAACUUUUUGGACCCUACGUUUGGGGCAGGUACGACCUGCUCUUCAUGCCACCAUCCUUUCCGUUCGGAGGAAUGGAGAACCCUUGUCUGACCUUUGUCACCCCCUGCCUGCUAGCAGGGGACCGCUCCUUGGCCGAUGUCAUCAUCCAUGAGAUCUCCCACAGUUGGUUUGGGAACCUGGUCACCAAUGCCAACUGGGGUGAGUUCUGGCUCAACGAAGGCUUCACCAUGUAUGCCCAGCGGAGGAUCUCCACCAUGCUGUUUGGGGCCGCUUACACCUGCCUGGAAGCCGCCACUGGGCGGGCUCUGCUUCGGCAGCACAUGGACGUCAGCGGCGAGGAGAACCCGCUCAACAAGCUCCGGGUGAAGAUCGAACCAGGUGUCGACCCGGAUGACACCUACAAUGAGACCCCCUACGAGAAAGGCUUCUGCUUUGUCUCGUACCUGGCCCACUUGGUGGGUGACCAGGCACAGUUUGACAACUUUCUCAAGGCCUAUGUCAAUGAAUUUAAAUUCCAAAGCAUCCUAGCUGAUGACUUUCUGGAAUUCUUCUUGGAAUAUUUCCCUGAGCUGAAGAAAAGGAAGGUGGAUUCCAUUCCAGGCUUUGAGUUUGAUCGAUGGCUGAAUACCCCUGGCUGGCCCCCCUACCUCCCUGAUCUCUCUCCUGGGGACUCACUCAUGAAGCCCGCCGAAGAGCUGGCCCAGCUGUGGGUGGCCAAGGAGCUGGACAUGAAGGCCAUUGAGGCUGUGGCCAUCUCUACCUGGAAGACCUACCAGCUGGUUUACUUCCUGGAUCAGAUCCUUCAGAAGUUACCCCUCCCUCCCGGGAACGUGAAGAAACUCGGAGAGACGUACCCAAAGGUCUCCGACUCCCGGAAUGCAGAGCUGAGGCUCCGGUGGGGCCAGAUUGUCCUUAAGAAUGACCACCAGGAGGAUUUCUGGAAGGUGAAGGAAUUCCUGCAGAGCCAGGGGAAACAGAAGUACACCCUUCCGCUGUACCGUGCCAUGAUGGGUGGCAGCGAGGUGGCCCAGGCCCUCGCCAAGGAGACCUUUGCGGCCACCGCCUCCCAGCUCCACAGCAAUGUUGUCAACUACAUCCAGCAGAUCCUGGCGCCCAAGGACAGUUAGCGGCUCCUGGGCGUGGCCGCCGCCUCCUAGACACUGCCAGCUUCCAGGGUCGUCAUGCCCGAACCCCAGCUCUCCAGCCGAAUUCACCCUCCCGAAGCCUGUGUCUCCUCUGAUCCUCUGUUCUCUGGGCUUGGCAUCUGCGACCGGGGGCCUCUGCCUGGCGGGCGCCUCUCUGGUCCCCAAAUCCUGAGACCGGGCCCUCCCGUGGCUCUCCACAGCGGGCCACCAGUCCUCUCCGUCCUCCCGCUGGAGUCUCCGGGGAAGGCAGAGCGGAUUUCUUUCAUUCUUUUCCUUCUUUUGCUGAUUCUGGAAGUAAUAUGCAAAGGGAUGCUUUCUGAUAAUACUUUUUUCAGGCUCAUUCUUCAUUUUAAUAAAUAUUUUUAAGUGAAAAGUA